UCAUGAAACGCCUGAAGAGACGAUUGAGGAAAUAUCUAUGAGACAGUUUGAUCAACUGAAGGGUGAAGUCUGGACACAAUGAUCCGACCACAGAGAGACACUGAAGAUGAAGCUGCUGAGUCUCGUCCUGUCAGAUCCAACACAGCAUCAAAGUUGACAUCAGAAAGAGUGAUUCUGCUGCUUCUCUCGGCCCUGCUUGCUGCUGCUCUCAUUGUCAUUUACCGUCUCUCAUUUGAAAACAUCAGAAUCAACCAGAAGUUGGAAAGUCUCCAAAUGAAGUUCAAAGCUGUAAAUCAGAGUCUCUCAGAUGAGCCAUGUCCAAAAUGUGAAGCAGGCUGGGAGCAUCAUGGAGGAAAGUGUUAUAACUUCACCACCAAUAAAUCAUCCUGGGAAGAGAGCAGAUGUUUCUGCCAAAGUCAAGGAGGAGAUCUGGUGAAGAUAGACAGCAGGGAUGAGCAGAGUUUCCUGGAGAGACGACUGAGAGACGUAAUGGAAGAAGAUCAGGACAAGUUCUGGAUCGGCCUGACCGACUCAAAAGAAGAAGGCAGAUGGUUGUGGGUGGACGGCUCACUGCUGGAUGAAAGGUUGACGUUUUGGAACCACCGGGAGCCAGACAACUGGAACGGCGAUGAUGCCAAUGGAGAGGAUUGUGUGAGGAUGGGGGAGAAAGCUGGAGCUCAUGACCUGAAGUGUUGGUUUGACCAAUCCUGCAAAAAUCCUCAGAGAAGUAUUUGUGAGAAACCUGAAAAAAAUGGCCAGCGUUCAUAUGUUUGUGUCUAAAGUUCACUUCAGGUUUAGAGACAAUCUGAGUACAGGACACAGAAGGUGGAGCGAUGCUGUUUUAAUAAAGCUAAAGUCACAAACAUUUAAAGAUUCCCUGCAGACUUGUUCAAAGACAAAAUAAAACUCUUCUUGCUGAA